GAAAGCCAUAACCUUGACGCUGCAACAGAACAUCAGUCGCCAUGGCCAAGUCCAAGAACUCGUCUCAGCACAACCAGAGCAAGAAGGCUCACCGUAACGGUAUCAAGAAGCCUAAGACCCACCGCUACCCGUCCCUCAAGGGCACCGACCCCAAGUUCAGGAGGAACCACAGGCACGCCCUUCACGGCACCAUGAGGGCUCUGAAGGAGGUCAAGGAGGGCAAGAGGGAGGCGGCUUAAACGGACAAUUCGAUGUUUGCAAUGGUAUUCAUGGCGCACGAAGGUCAAUGUGACUGGCGUAAUUGAGCUGGCACUGUCCGCUGCAGCCUCUAUUUGAAAAAAUGGAAAUGGCUUUCGAUUCCGAACCCGGAGUGCGAACGAGCGCGUCUCUUGGGAUCCACCAACUCGUUCACCUUUGCAAAAUUGUAGGUCUGAUAUUACGCUUUCGUUAUACGGUUUGUGUGCUGUCGUCACUUCUCUUCAAAUUUCCCAUGGCAUUAGUGUGUACAGCUCCGCGCUUAUCCCAUGCGCGACAGCUGAAGGAUUAUCUAUCGUGCCAAGAUGUACUUGCCCUUUCAUUACCAAUCAUCCAACCUCGUCUUUGUGGGGUUUGGGUGCAUGGAGAAAGGGAAACAUGCGAUCAACGAGUCUCAAGGUAGUUAAAUGAAUACAGAUCAAAAC